AUGGUGGUGGGUUCGCAGACUCCGAGCGUGGCGGCAUCCGCUCAAUCGGGAAAUAAGAGAAAGGGUGGCGCUGCUAAUAAGGUCUUUCUUGCUGGCCCUUCAGAGGCUGAUCUUCAGCGGAAUGCUGAUUUGGAGAAGUUUUUGGUUGAUUCUGGGUUGUAUGAGACCGAAGAAGAAGCUGAGAAGAGGCAGGAGGUCCUUGGCAGGAUUGAUCAGAUUGUCAAAGCUUGGGUCAAGCAGUUGACGCGCCUUAGGGGCUACACCGAUCAGAUGGUGGAAGAAGCAAAUGCAGUUCUUUUCACUUUUGGGUCUUACCGUCUUGGAGUGCAUGGUCCUGGGGCAGAUGUGGAUACAUUGUGUGUGGGGCCAUCUUAUGUCAAUCGUGAGGAAGAUUUCUUCAUUAUUUUGCAUGAUUUGCUAGCUGAAAUGGAGGAAGUUACAGAGCUUCAACCAGUUCCAGAUGCUCAUGUCCCUGUAAUGAAAUUUAAAUUCCUGGGGAUAUCUAUCGAUCUACUUUAUGCAAGUAUUUCUCUUUUGGUUGUUCCGGAGGAUCUCGACAUCUCUAAUGAGUCCGUGCUGCAUCAGGUGGAUGAACAAACUGUUCGAAGCCUUAAUGGAUGCAGGGUAGCGGAUCAAAUUCUCAAGCAUGUUCCAAAUGUUGAGCAUUUCCGAACAGCACUUAGAUGUUUGAAAUUUUGGGCUAAAAGGCGAGGUGUUUAUUCUAAUGUCACUGGUUUUCUUGGCGGCGUGAAUUGGGCUCUUCUUGUUGCUCGGGUGUGCCAGCUUUAUCCCAACGCAAUCCCUAGCAUGUUGGUUUCUCGAUUUUUUCGAGUGUACACUCUGUGGCGUUGGCCGAAUCCUGUGAUGUUGUGCCCAAUAGAAGAAGAUGAGCUCGGAUUUCCAGUUUGGGAUCCCCGUAAAAACCCCAGAGACAGACUUCAUCAUAUGCCUAUAAUAACCCCAGCUUAUCCUUGCAUGAAUUCUAGCUAUAACGUCUCGAUAAGUACUCUCCGUGUUAUGAUCGAGCAAUUUCAAUUUGGUAACAAGACGUGUGAGGAGAUUGAGCUGAGCAAGGCCCAUUGGAGUGCACUAUUUGAGCCUUAUCUAUUUUUUGAUUCAUACAAAAACUACCUCCAAGUUGAUAUAAUUGCAGCAGAUACUGAUGAUCUAUUGGCUUGGAAAGGUUGGGUUGAGUCACGGCUGAGACAACUUACUUUGAAAAUCGAGCGAGAUACAAAUGGGAUGCUGCAGUGCCAUCCUUAUCCGCAUGAAUAUACCGACAUGUCAAGGCAGUGGCCUCAUUGUGCUUUCUUUAUGGGGUUGCAGAGGAAAGAGGGAAUAAAUGGUCAGGAAGGCCAGCAGUUUGAUAUAAGGGGAACAGUUGAUGAAUUUAGGCAAGAAAUAAAUAUGUACAUGUUUUGGAAGCCGGGAAUGGAUAUUUAUGUUGCUCAUGUUCGAAGAAGGCAGCUUCCUAGUUUUGUUUUCCCUGAGGGACACAGACGUUCUCGAUCAUCAAGGCAGCAGGCUGGAAAAGUUAAUGAUGAUGUUAGAAAGUCUCCAUCAGGAUCUAUUGAAGAACAUCUGAAACGAAAACAUGAUGGUGAAAUGGCAGCUGAGAAAAGAGUCAAGUGUGCCUCUGUAAGCCCACAGAGACUAGUGUCGGUUUCUCCAGAAAUCUGUAGAACUAGGUCUGUUGGACCAUCUCUAGAGAGCUUACAUGAGGGGGUUAAAUUGGGCUGUUCAUCGGCUCUUGCUGAUGUUGAUAAUAAUGCUCCAUUUACAUCAUGUAGUGAACAGGUCAAGGGUGAAAAUAGAAACUUGGUUGUUCGUGAUGCUAAUGGGAUUGAAACUGAAGAUAUGGGGUGUGACCUAAGCAGACAAGUUACAGUACACCAAUACAAUUCGUGCUUAGUUAUGAAUGAGACAGAACCAAUGGAGUUGGAUGCUGAACGGCAGCAUGCUCCUGACCCAAGCGAAUGCCAAGUUAGUGAAGUUGAAACUGGUUUGGAAGAGGGCUCGCUAAAGGGGUCCAUAGAGGGACUCAUAGGUUUGACUGGGGAAGAUGUUCAGGUUGAACCGGCGCUAAUGCUACCAUCUAAUCAAAAGACUGUUGUAGAGCUUGGAGAAAAAGAUGUAGUGUGCUCUAGUUCCAGCACUCGGAACCUCAAUUUUGAGGGUGAAGAAGCUACUGAUUUGGGCUCAGAUCUGGAGAAUAGAUGUCCGAAUGGGAAAGAACAGUUUGCAAAUGACUUGCCUGAAGAACUUGAGUGCAACAUAGCGGUUGGGACAGCUAGGCAAUCACAAGAUGGAACAUCGAGGUCAGAAUCUUUGCAGAGGCUGGUGAUGAGGCAUGCAUUUGAAACCCUAAGUUUUCUUUUGCCAAGUCGUGAUAUCUUCGUGUUUUUUGCUGUUUCGGUUGCUCUCUGUGGCUUUUUGUUGUCAGGUCGAGUCUCAAAUCAACAGCAUGAGGUACAAGGGGAUGAGCAGCUUGAAGAUCAUGGUAAGUGCAGCAUUGAUUUGGUGGCCUCUUGCCUCUUGUUUUCUCCAGGUGUGAGUGCAUUCGUGCUUAGUGGGGGUAAACACAGUGGAGCUGAAGAAUCUUGA